AUGCCACUGCCCGCUCCUAUUCGUAUUGUCAUCGAAGCUCUCGGGGUAUAUCUUCCCCCAGCGUCCCGUUCCAAGGUGCCGUUCCAUUUGUCUCAUCCCUCUCCCGCAAGCUGCUUUACUUGAUCUUCAUCUUUGUCCAAGGGUGAACCCAGUCACCCUAUGUUGCCAGUCCAUUGAUCCUCGACACAACCUUGGAUCGGUCUUGCAAUUCUAGUUCUCACACUGCCUAGACACUAGGCAUUGCAAGACACGACACCGCAGAGGAAUGACUAGUGUCAUCGAGUGGUGAACAGCUACACUCACGCCAAACAAACCAACCACGCACCGUCUGUACUAGUUACGGGCGACAAAUCCUCCUCUCACUAAACCCGUAUCACCGUCACAUCACCCGCAAUGCCUUCCCGAUCCCACAGGAGUAGCUCCGUCUACUCAGACGACAACAUCGACGGCUUCAGCACCACCUCGUCCGAGUGGACCACCACAUACAGGAAGCUCCCGAAGAAACAGAAGCAGCCUAUGUCCAUGCGUUUCCUCUCCUGGGCCGCUGGUGCACCUCGCGGCGCCACGGUGGUCAAGAAGAAGACGCGUGACAUCUCCGACGACCACUCCACCUACUCCAACUGGUCAUCCGCCUCCUACUUUGAGCCCGACACCCAGCUGUACUGGGUCAGCACGGCCGACGACCGCUACUACUACUCUGGCAGUAGCAGCAGCGGACGCAGCAGCCGUAGCGGGCGGAGCAGCCGGAAGAGGAGUGGGUCCCAGCAGAAGCACUUCAACGGGGCCGUCCCGAACCCGAUGCCGAUGCCCAUGUCGAUGCCGCCGCCGCCUGCCGGCUUUGGUGGUCCCAUGGACGGCCACUUUGCGCCGCCACCACCCCCUGGAGAUAUGGGCGGUCAGUUCGGAGGAGACUAUCCCGGAGGAGACUAUCCCGGAGGAGGCUUCCCUCCGCCACCACCCCCACCCCCGAUGAACGCUCCGGCGCCUGGUGGCGCUCCUGCCUUCUUCAACGUCACCGGGCAGAACCAGCCGGGGAACCCGUUCCAAAACGGGCGCGGACCACCCGCCGGCGGUUUCCAUCCGGGAUCCGGGGAUGAUGGCUAUGAUUCCUAUGACAGCGACAGCACGAAUGAAUGAAUGAUUGAGCGAAUGAGCGAACGAACGAGCAAGUGUACGAAAUGAUGACCCACGGCCUUGCUGCUUGACUUUUUUCUUUUGGGCCUUGUAUAGUUAUUGAGUUGAUGGAUUCAGCUUCGAAGGCGUAUCAGGAGUUAUAUUGGGAGAAUGGAUAAUGCCAACAGGAAGGAAGUCUGGGUGCAAUUUGUCAUAAUACAUACUCUUCAGGGCAGUGGACCAGUCGCUCCCGUCGGCUGGCACUUUGCUGGCACGGUGCCACAGCGGUGCCAAUAGGGCGCCUCGCCACUACGAUAUUCUACCAUGGACCGCCCACAAGACUUUCCUUGUAUGCACUAAGUGUCUCUUGUGAGUUGAAAAUGAUAUGGAAUGAAUGCAUAAUUCAAGGUGAAGACGACUUUUGAGAGUAAUAAAAUAGAAAAUAUCGAGCCCCAAAAGAAGACCACCUACUUCGCCAUAUGAAUUUUGCAGGAGCACUAGUCACACA